UACCUCUUACUUCAAAGAAAGGUAUGCGAGAUUGUUUACUUGUUAAGAAGUGCUCAUUUUGGCUUUAAAGGAAUUUUCGUGAUAUGCCAGAUUACUCUUUCACUAUUUAUUCAUUUCCUUGAAAGAUGGUAAAUGAAAACUGGGACCAAAUAGCAGAAGAUCUUGAAAAACAAGAGCUUCAGGCUCAAGGAGGAGUUUCUUCCCCUCAACUUUAUGGCCAGCUUUUGGCUAUCUAUUUAUACCAAAAUGAUCUAUGCAAUGCGAAAUUUCUGUGGAAGAGGAUACCAAACAAUAUUAAAACACAGAAUCCAGAACUUGGAAAUAUUUGGGCUGUUGGCAAAGCAAUGUGGUUGAGAGAUGCCGUUGAAAUACAUAAAACGCUAAACAAUACUCAUUGGUCCGAUAAUGUUAGUUCCAUUAUUAAAGCUUUAAAAGAUCGAAUCAAAGAAAGAGGAAUAAGAUUGAUUGGUCGUGCCUACUCUUCAAUAAACGCUGAUGUAAUGGGCUCAUUGCUUGGGAUGAGCUCCAUAGAAGCUGUUGCCCUGGCGAAGGAAAAAGAUUGGCAGAUUGAUGGAACCUCGAUCAAGCCCAAGCAGAUAAGUCAAAUUAGUCCGCCUCUCACGUCAACAGAGCACCAAUUGCAUAAAUUGACAAGUUUUGUAUCGUUUUUAGAAAAUUAAGUUGUAUGUUUUGUUGUUUUUCCCACUCGAUCUUGUACAAGUUAUGGCAAUUCGGACAGUACAUGAGUUAUUUUUGUAACUAAGAAGGAUGUUUGAAUAACUUAAAUGCUGAUGUAUUUUGCCUUUAGUUUUUCCAACUCACUUUGUUAAUUUUUUCAUGAAAGAAGGCAUCAUUUUA